AAAUAGCAGUGCCGUCCCCAGGAGUUCUCUACGGGUUCCCCGGGCAAUAAACUCGCAAGGCCAGCACCGCUGCAUCUGACAUCACUGGAAGUAGUGUGGAGCACGCCGGUGACCAGCCAGCAUGUCGACCUCCUUGAGGGUGAGCCCGUCCGUCCACGGCUAUCGCUUCGACACCGCCUUGCGUAAGAAAGCUGUGGCCAACAUCUUUGAGAACCUGGAUCAAGAGGCUCUGGAGAAGCUCUUUAAGAACUCGGGGGACAGGAAAGCAGAGGAAAGGGCUAAGAUCAUCUUGGCCACUGACCAGGAUCUGGAGGAGAAAGCGAGAUCGCUCAUGGCUCUGAAGCAGAGGACCCGCGAGAAACUCUUCCAGUUCCUGAAGUUCGGGAAACAUUCCAUCAAAGUCCACUGAGCAGCCACAAACACAAGGAUGCGAUGAAAAAAGAGCACAGCUCUUCAGCCAGAAUCAUCGUUUUCGCACAUGAGCAUCUCCAGUGCCUGGCACGAGAUGAAGGAUGCUUGGACAUAUCGGCCAUGGGUGUUCAAUCCCCACCGACUGUGCACUUCCUCUGCCGGCUCCAACUUGCACAAUCAAAAGAGAACCAAGGAAGUCACUCACCCAACAAUGAAGGCAGCAGAUCCUGAGCCAGAAGGGUGGAAAAGCGGAGGAGCAGACAGCUGCAACUUUUUCUGGCAGCGUGGAUGGACAAGAGACUCUGUGAUUUUCCUCUUGACUAAACUGUCUGCUGUCUGACAGUUUUUCCAGACACUCGUUUAUUGACUGUGUAAAGCCUGUGUCAGGUUCUUUGCUCUGGCUGUCGGGAUCACAGGGGACCAGAAAACAACCAGCGUUUAUCCAUUUGCGUUUGCCAAAAAUGCACCAGAAGAAAUGUGCCUUGUCUGCAUGUCUGUCAGAUAUUCCCCUGAGCGAGAACUUUUUCCAGGACAGUGUGAAGCAAUCCUGUUUCUGUUCUGUUUCUUAACAUGAGUUGCACAAACUUUUUUUUUUUUUUAAAUAAGCUUCUUCCUGAAUUAAAUGAACUAUGAAAGACUCUUUAAGACACCACGUUCAUUUUUUUUUUUUUUAA